GGCAAAUCCGACUCUGUUGUUAAACUAGAUAUUCUAGAGGUAUUUUAAAACUGGUCAAACCAGAGGCAACACGAGCAACUUGACUUCUAACUUAUAAAUAGGUAUUUCUUUAGUUCAGUAGGUAACUGAGAGUAGGCAACCAAUUUAUCAAUUCCUGGAAGGUCAUUUACAACAAUAAUUAUAAAUGGAUUUUGAUUAUCAUAAAAUACGAGAGUUACAAAAUUUUUGUUUAUCAGUUUACUGUGUAAAUACUAGCGAGUCGGUAUUUUAAUAUUUUAAUCUCCAAAACCAUGGUGUUAGGAUCAGCUAAAUUCUUUGUAAGGACAUUUCAAACUAGAAAUGCCAGCAAUGUGGCAUUCAUCGGAAUCGGCCAAAUGGGUGCCAGGAUGGUAAAAAACUUAUUGAAGAAGGGCCAAGAAGUGAAAGUCUUUGAUACCAUCCCAUUAGCAGCUAGUAGUGUUCCUGGUGCCAAAGUAUGUAAGUCCGCAGGAGAAGCAGCUAAAGAUGCUAACAUCGUUAUCACUAUGUUGCCCACUGGUGAUAUUGUUAAAGAGACUCUGUUAGCGGACAAAGGAAUUUUGAAAGGCAUUCCAAAAAAAUCUCUUUUCAUCGACUGCUCGACCAUAGAACCAAAAAUGGCUCAAGAACUGUCGCGUAUUUCGAAAGAAAAUGACGUACGGUAUAUUGACGCUCCAGUAUCUGGUGGCGUAACUGGUGCAGAAGAUGGUACUUUAACAUUCAUGGUUGGUGGUGCAGAUAGCGACAUGAAAGAAGCUGAGCCUGUCUUGAGCAAAAUGGGUGGUAAAAUAUUCAAAUGUGGAGAUAUAGGUGCUGGACAAAUAGCCAAACUGUGCAAUAAUCUCAUUCUGGGAAUCACCAUGAUUGGUACUUGUGAAGCAAUGAAUUUAGGAAUCAAAUUGGGUUUAGAUCCCAAAUUAUUAACCAACAUAAUCAACGUUUCAACCGGAAGAUCGUGGUCUUCAGACACAUACAAUCCCGUACCUGGAGUUAUGCCCAACGUACCACCAUCCAAAGGAUACGAAGGUGGUUUCAGCGUACCGUUAAUAGCCAAGGAUUUAGGAUUGGCAGAAGCAGCAGCAUUGAGUUGUGGAACACCCUUGAUGUUAGGAGCGCUGGCCCAUCAGAUAUAUAGAGCUCUCAUUUUAAAUGGUUACGGAGAUAAAGAUUUCGCAGUUGUAUACGAAUUUUUGAAGGGUCAAAAGAAAUAAAUUGCUUAAAAUUAAUCUUGUUAU